UUGCAGCCUCCUUUUUUACAGCUUGUACCAAGGGGAUGAACAAGUGAAAGAAAGGACUUUAAAGUACGCACCAUGAAAAGAUGAAAAUAGCCAGAAAGAAAAACUGAAUCUACUCUGGUUUUGGUGGAAUAUCGUUCGGGGAGCACGACUCUUGACUUGAUUAUUGGGUGACAAACAGGAUGCCAGGUUACCAACCUUGGUGUCAUGGCAAUAUAACUCGAUCCAAAGCUGAGGAUCUACUUUCCAAAGCAGCCAGAGAUGGAAGCUUCCUUAUCCGGGCCAGCGAGUCCAUACAGGGAGCGUAUGCCCUCUGUGUUUUGUACCAGAACUGUGUGUAUACAUACAGAAUCCUGCCAAAUGAGGAUAAGAAGCUCUCUGUCCAGGCAUCUGAAGGAGUUCCUAUCAGGUUCUUCUCUAUGCUGCCUGAGCUGGUGGAGGCGUAUUACAGUCCCAACAUGGGUCUGAUCACACACCUGCAGUACCCCGUCCAACGAGAGGAGGAAGCAGACGAGGAUCCAGAAUCCAGUGAUCUUCCCCCUCAACUUCCACCCAGGAACUUCUCGCCCAACGAUCUGAAAGACAGUGACCAGAAGUCUCCUGAACCGGCCUGCAAGUCUUUAUUAGACACCUACCUGAUGAGACUACAGCAGGCGGACAUGUCCACAGUACCUGAGGAGCAUCAAAUGGCUAUACAGGAAUACUUCAGGAACUCAAUCGUCUUGGAUGCCGAACAAGUACAGAACGGUUGUCAUAACCUCCCCGGGCUGAAGAAGCUAACAUUGACAAUCUGCAAGAAUCUAAACAGUGAAAUUUCCCGCGUCCUGCCGGCUCUGGAGGUCUUCCACAGAACGCUGGACCAACAGCUCUCCCCGGGGAUCGGACAGCAUUCAAAACGAGUGUCUGCUGAUUCAGGUCAAUCUAUAUCCUUUAGACUUGAGCAACUGACAAAACUGCUCUACUCAUUAGAAGAUAAGGCUAAAAGUUCUUUGUUUGAGUCUGUUGGCUAUGAAGGCGGUCACAGGAAAUCACUCAUACCGCCUGUUACGUUUGAGGUCAAGCAAGAAUCUCUGGGGAUAUCCACGAAGAUGUUCCUGAAAGUGGACGUUGAAAGUGGGAAGCUUUACUUUAAGAAGUCGAAGGAUGGAGCUGAAGACAAAUACUAUGUACACAACAAAAUCCUGCAGUUGGUGAAAUUCCAGAUAAAGCAAAAUGUCAAGCUUGUCAUCGUGCUGGAGACGGAGAAAGAGAAGAUUUUGAAAAGGGAGUUUGCGUUUGACGAUGCAAAGAAAAGGGAGGGUUUCUGCCAACUACUUCAGCAAAUGAAGAACAAACACAGUGAAAAGCCUGAACCGGACAUGAUCACAGUGUUUGUGGGCACCUGGAACAUGGGAAAUGCCGGUCCUCCCCACAACAUCAGCUCGUGGUUUCAGUGUAAGGGCCAGGGGAGGACACAAGACGACACCGCCGAUCACAUCCCGCAUGACUUUUACGUCAUCGGGACUCAGGAGGAUCCUUUGGGCGAGAGGGAGUGGGCUGACAUGGUGAAAAGCGUCCUGAGGAACAUCACAAACAUCAGCUUUAAACAAGUGGCGAUUCACACUCUGUGGAGCAUUCGGAUCAUCGUCCUCGUCAAGCCUGAGCACGAAAACAGGAUCUCACACGUCUUUUCAGACAGCGUGAAGACGGGGAUCGCCAACACUCUGGGAAACAAGGGAGCAGUGGGAGUGUCCUUCAUGUUCAACGGUACAUCUUUUGGCUUUGUCAACAGUCACCUGACCUCUGGAAGUGAGAAGAAGCUCAGACGCAAUCAAAACUACAUCAACAUCCUGCGAUUUCUGAACCUCGGAGAUAAGAAGCUCAAUCCAUUUGACAUCACACAUCGCUUCACUCACCUCUUCUGGCUCGGUGAUUUGAACUACCGCGUUGAAUUCCCGUCUACAGAAGCUGAGUAUAUAGUGACAAAGAUCAAACAGCAGCAGUACCAGGAGCUUCUCAGCAAAGACCAGCUGAGUAUGGAGAAGAAUGAUGGGAAGGUCUUCUUGCAUUUCGAUGAAGAGGAAAUCACGUUUGCACCCACAUAUCGCUUCGAAAGAGACACGCGAGAGAAGUAUGCCUACACAAAGGCCAAAGCCACGGGGACAAAAUACAAUUUGCCCUCAUGGUGCGAUCGUGUCCUGAGGAAGUCGUACCCUCUGGUUCACGUUGUCUGCCAAGCAUAUGGGUGCACUAAUGACAUCAUGACAAGUGACCACUCGCCAGUAUUUGCCUCAUUUGAAGUUGGAGUAGCCUCACAAUUCGUCUCCAAGCAAGAUCCAAACAGUGCGCCCCAGGGUGGGAUACAGAUCAUGAACUGUGUGGCCACCUUGUUGACAAAAUCCAAGACCAAGUUCUUUAUUGAAUACUACUCCAGCUGCUUGGAGAGAACAGUCAAGACUUCAGAGGGUGAGAACAGUGAGCACUCAGACGGCUCGAUUAAAGUUCGGUUUGGAAACCAAGUUGAGCUCACCCCGAUCAUCUCUGACCCGGAGUACCUUUUGGACCAGCACAUCCUCAUCUGUGUGAAGUCGACAGACGCUGACGAGUCCUACGGAGAGGGUUGUGUUGCCCUGCGAGCCGCACAGAUCUGCUACACAGAGUUUCAGAUCACACUGACUCACCACGGAGAGAAGACGGGCACACUGACAGGUGGCAUCCAGCUGCAAACCUCUGAAGUCAAACCCACUGAGAAGUUAUACGAUUUCAUCAAAGUGGAACGGGAUGACACCGUCAGCUCAAGAGGGAGAGGGAAUGACUUCAACAAGUGUUCCGUCACCCAAGCACAUGAUAUUUCUAACCCCAACUACAUGGGAAUGUCAUUCCAAAGGGAGGUGAUAGAUAAAGGUUGGAGUUACAGCAUGCCACCAAAGGGUCUUCCACAAGGGAGUAAAGACUCCAAGAAGGGUGGCUAUGAUGUGGGCACACGCAGUCCAACGUUAAAAGCUGUAAAUCCUACGGGCGAGGGUGAAAAGGUGUCAGAGAUGUUUGACAAUCCGUUAUACGGUUCAAUGGCAAAAGGACACGGCCGGGGAAAGGACCAAGACCACCAGCCGAGAGACCACCUCACACCUGUAGAUCAGAACUUUUCAACCUUCAAAACAGCAGAUGGAGAAUCCGAGCGCCCCCCAGUUCCCACCCCACGCAACCGCUCCUUCACCUACUCCGAGACCAAACCUCAGCCUCCAACCCCAAUCACCUCGCAUCCGUCAAUGCAGAAGAAACCAGUGGUGCCCUCGCACUCGGAAGGGGGAGGGUCAAACAUGCCCCGACCUCCUUUACCCUCCAAGUACCGGGCUGAGCCCCAGGUCACCAAACCCAGAGACUACAGAGACAGCUCCGAACUCCCCAUCAAACAGAGACUGCCUGGAAGACCCGGCCAGCCUCUGCCCCACCAGAGACACGCCUCCUGAUGUUCUCAAGAUGGGCCGUUCUGUGAAGUGCGACCGGGCUGCGGCGAUGGUCAACACGGACUGUACAGCUUCCUGCAGCGUUGCAUUCUUAUAGGAAACGUAAAACACACACAGAAAAGGCUUCAGUCCUGACAAAUGUAUCACAUAAGUGUGACUCUUCAUCUGUAAUAAAUUAAAUAGUUAAUGAUUUUAGGGAAUGUGUCUGUCCAGGAGACUGACUUGUGGAUGCUACAGCGAGCUACCUUAGCUUAGCAUUAAGACCGGAAAAAAAGGUAAGCAGCUAGCCUGGCUCUGUCUAAAGAGAAGGGAAACCAGGCAAUAAGCACCUCUAAAGCUUAUGAGUUAGCAUUUUAGCUAGCUGUUUCUGUUUAUAGUCUAAAUGCUAAGCUAGGCUAACCGUUUCCUGGCUGUAGCUUCACAUUUCAUCAAAUUCUCAGUAAGAAAGCAAAAAAAAAAAAAAUCAUGGUCCCCAAACAUGUCAAACUUCUUCUUCCAGAGUAUUAAAACCUUGAGACACAUCUCCAGACGUCAUUUCUGCUAUGCUCGCAUUAAAACGUGAAUUAAACUCUGCUUAUAAAUAACAUUUAUGUCACAUUUCAUGUAGAGUUUUACACUAUAGCCAGUAGCUAAUGAAUGUUUACCGCACAGUAUUAUCUUAAACAGACAUUGACAUGUUUGCGUUGAAGACGUAUAGUAAAUGCUGUUUUAAAUUCAAAUAUCAGCUCAGUUAAACCUUGUUGUUGUUUUGGAUUUCUUUCUCACAGCUUCAUGUAACAAUCCAGUGAAACUUUGAAUAAAUACCUCUGUCAGUCUGCAUGAGUGCUGCAAUACUCAA